CCCCGCCCCGGAGGCCCCGCCCCCGCGCCGGCGCUCCCGGAAACGCCGGCGGAGCUUCCCCGCAUGGAGCGCGAGCCGCGCGCCUCGGAGGCCGCCCCCGCCGCGGCCGCGCUCUUCGCCUGGGGUGCGAACAGCUACGGGCAGCUUGGCCUUGGCCAUAAGGAAGAUGUGCUUUUGCCCCAACAGCUGACUGACUUCUGUAGACCUAAGUGCAUUAGGAGAAUCACGGGUGGAGGGGGCCAUUCUGCUGUGGUCACAGAUGCAGGAGGUCUUUUUGUUUGUGGCCUGAACAAACAUGGACAACUGGGGCUUGGUCAUACAGAAGAUGUUCUCUAUUUUACCCUCUGCAAAUCCCUUCUGGGUUGUCCCAUCCAACAGGUGGCCUGUGGCUGGGAUUUUACCAUUCUACUCACAGAAAAUGGUCAAGUUCUAUCAUGUGGAUCCAACUCCUUUGGCCAGUUAGGAGUUCCUCAUGGACCACGAAGAUGUGUGGUUCCUCAGACUAUUGAGCUCCUGAGAGAGAAGGUUGUUCAUGUUGCAGCUGGACUCAGGCAUGGAUUAGCUGUCACAGUGAGUGGCAUGGUGUUCCAGUGGGGGACUGGUUUGGCAUCAUCAGGACGACGAUUGUGCCCUGGGAAGACUCUUCCUUUGUUCUUGACAGCAAAGGAACCAAGCAGAGUGACAGGCCUGGAGAACUCCAGAGCAAUAUGUGUUGUUGCUGGCUCAGAUCAUUCAGCGUCAUUAAAUGAUGCAGGAGAGCUGUAUGUUUGGGGAAGCAACAAGCAUGGGCAACUGGCUACCCAGGCUGCUUUCCUUCCUGUGCCUCAUAAAAUAGAAGUGUGUUGUUUUCAGAAUGAAAAAGUCACUACCAUCUGGAGUGGGUGGACACACCUGGUGGCUCAGACAGAAACUGGCAAGGUGUUUACCUGGGGCCGAGCAGACUAUGGUCAACUAGGGAGGAAGUUGGAAUCUUAUGACAGCUGGGAACCAGAAAAUCAGGAUUCAUCUCUGCCCUGCUCCACACCGUGGAACAGCAUACCUUCAUCUCUGCAUUGUUUAACGGGAGCAACUGAGAUUUCUUGUGGCUCAGAGCAUAAUGUGGCAGUAAUUGAACUUCCCUCACUCUGCUGUGGACCUACAUCUAACCCGUCUCUGUGACCCAGCAUUGAGUGCACCCCACUGUAAGUGCUCAGUGAACAGAGAAGGGCACAGAGGGAAGCAGGGGAUGAAGGGGUUUUCAUGGCUUCAACAACUUACACAAUCCAAACCGUUCCCCUAACGUUUCCUGCAGGCUUAGUCAUUGUAAAUCUUUCAGAUACAGUAAAUGAAAAGAGCGCAGAUUUUGGAUCCUAACAAAAGUAAGCUGAUUGCCUGAAGUUUGAAUCUCAACUCCAUUUCUUUUUGUUUAGUGAUUUAUUCCAAGCCAUCCAAUCUCUUUAAACUUCAGGUUCUUUGUGAAAUAAGAUUGCUAUCUGUUCUCAAGAUUGUUGUCACAAUUGAAUUACUACAGAGGUGUAGACAGAAAAGCACUUGACAUGCUGUAGGACCUCAAAUAUUUUCACUUCCUUUCUUCCUUUACAUGUGCAAUAGUGAGCAACAGAAGAGAGGAGAGGAGACUCAGGAAAGUGGGUUAUCCCCAAGCCAGGCCGUGGAGAAUGGCCAUGGCAUCCACUGCUGGAUGUUGACUUCCUCAGACAUUCUGUGGAUCUCUG